UGGUCUUCCAAACUCAGAAGGCUGUGGAGGGCAGCAGUACGCUCUACAGUGUACAGUCUGCCAGAAACUCAUAAGAAGAAGAAGAAGAUGAUGUUGAUGAUGUUUGUGUAUCAAAGUCCAGCUACAGCUGAGUGAGUGGAUCGACAUGGAGCAACAGAAGAAGAAGAUCCUGUGUGUGGGUCUGGUUUGUCUGGACAUUAUCAACGUGGUCGACAAAUACCCAGAAGAAGACACUGACAGCAGGUGUUUGUCGCAGCGUUGGCAGCGAGGAGGAAAUGCUUCAAACUCCUGCACCGUGUUGUCGCUACUCGGAGCUCCCUGCAGCUUCAUGGGCUCAUUGUCUGCUGGACCUGUGGCCGAUUUUAUUUUGGAGGACUUUCAGAAAUUCCACAUUGACGUGUCUCUGGUUUCUGAGCAUGCUCAGUGUGUCCUUCCAGCCUCUGUGGUCAUCAGCAACAGCACCACAGGAAGUCGCACCAUCCUCCACAUGAACAGUUUCAUCAUGGCUGAUUUCAUGAGCUAUGAUGUCGAUGUCUCGUCCGUGUUCUGGAAAGACAAAGGUCAAACUCCGUGUGCAUGUUGCGUGGUUUGCCCGUCCACUGGAUCUCGCACCGUCGUUCUCUCGGACAUGAACCUUCCUGAUGUCACAGCUGCGGAUUUUCCAAAAGUCCAGCUCAAUGACUUUAAGUGGAUCCACUGGGAGGGCAGAAACGCUGAAGAGCAGCUGAAGAUGAUCCAGCAAGUAACGAUGUAUAACAGCACGUUACCUAAGCAACAGAGGAUUACUGUCUCCGUGGAGAUAGAGAAGACCAGAGAGCCGCUUUAUCAGAUGUUUCCUCACGGCGACGUGGUGUUUGUCAGUAAAGACGUCGCUCAACACUUUGGCUUCCAGUCGGCUGAAGCUGCUGUGAGAGGAUUUUACAGCCGAGUUAAAGACGGGGCUGUCCUGGUCUGUGCCUGGGCAGAGAAGGGAGCAGAUGCUAUGGGUCCUGACAGUGUCGUCGUUCAUUCAGAUGCGUUUCCUCCAGAAACUCUGGUCGAUACGCUCGGAGCCGGGGAUACUUUCAACGCUGCCGUCAUCUACACACUAUCCAACGGGGGAAGUUUGCAAGACGCUCUGACCUUUGGCUGCAGAGUUGCUGGCGGGAAGUGUGGUUUCCAUGGUUAUGACGGCAUCAGUAAAUAUAUCAAAGUUGAGUGACAGGAAGGAUAAAAACCGUGAUAAUUCCCUGUGGUUUAAUGAUGAAAAACUUACAUUCAUUAUUAAUAAGGUGUUGAUUUCAAAGUUAAACUUUAGAAAAUCUGACAAAUCUGUUUAUCCCAUCAACAUGCGAAAGAGCUGUUUACAAGACUGAACUGAGUAACUGAUAAAAUAGCUGAGUUUAAUAGAAACUUAUUAAUAAUCAUGUACAUGCUGUACAUAUUUAUUGAUACUACUUGACAAUGAACCAAUAACAAGCUGCUAAUUAAAUGAUUGUUAUAUGUGAAUUAGUCAGUGACUUAAAAUGACACUGACACAGUUUGAUGCUGUUUUUGUUUUUUUACCUAAUGACUAUAAAAUCUGCCAGAUUGAUCAAUAAACGACGACAAAUUCA